UCCCCCUCCCUCUCUCCCCCUGCCUCUCCCCAGCCGACAGGCAGCUAUGAAAUACGGCUCAAGUUGGGAAGUAGCGGCAGCAGUGGGGGCCGGGGGCCGGCGGCUCGCUCUCAUUCUGCCGGGCGAUUGCUGACAGCCGGCGGGGUCGCCCCGGGCGGGGCGGCGGAGAGCCGAGCGCGAGCUCCGCGUCUUGGGCGUGGAGGAGAGGCUAGAGGCUGCGAGCGCGGACGGCAGGCGGGCGGGAGCUCCCGGCCCCCCCACCCCGCCGCCCCCCGCUCCCCCGCCGCGGUUUCCAGGCACCCAACCCCAAACCGAGGCGGGCAGGUGGCCCGAGCGAGCGGGAGGCGCCCCGCCUCCGAGCCCCGACCUUUCUUCGGGCUUUGCCUCCCGCCCCUCUCCUCUCGCUUCUCCCCGAUUUCUUUUUGUCGUGCGCGAGCCCUCUCCCAGUGCGAUGCCCGCGGCUCCCCGGGCGAAGAUUUUGGCUGGGGAUGUAGCAACAACCGAGGCGUAAUAUGGGUGGGAAUCACUCCCACAAAACUCCCGUGUUUGAUGAAAAUGAGGACGUUAAUUUCGACCAUUUUCAAAUAUUGCGGGCCAUUGGCAAGGGGAGCUUCGGAAAGGUGUGCAUCGUCCAGAAAAGGGACACAAAGAAAAUGUAUGCCAUGAAAUACAUGAACAAGCAGAAGUGCAUUGAGAGAGAUGAAGUUCGAAAUGUUUUCAGAGAACUCCAGAUCAUGCAGGGCCUGGAACACCCUUUCUUAGUCAAUUUGUGGUGCACAGAAAAACAAGCCGUAGGAGAUCAGAAUAUUUGCGACAUGCUGCUUUCUUACAACUGUCCUCUGGGGUAUUCCUUUCAAGAUGAGGAAGACAUGUUCAUGGUAGUCGAUUUGCUUCUGGGAGGGGAUCUCCGUUACCAUCUACAACAAAAUGUGCAUUUCAACGAGGGAACUGUGAAGCUCUAUAUCUGUGAGCUGGCCCUUUCCCUUGACUACCUGCAGAGAUACCACAUAAUCCACAGAGACAUCAAACCAGACAACAUAUUAUUGGAUGAGCAUGGGCAUGUCCACAUAACUGACUUCAACAUCGCCACUGUCAUUAAAGGAGCAGAGAAGGCUUCCUCGAUGGCGGGAACAAAGCCCUACAUGGCUCCAGAAGUAUUCCAGGUGUUUAUGGAUGGCGGCCCAGGGUACUCCUACCCUGUAGACUGGUGGUCCCUGGGAGUUACAGCUUAUGAAUUGUUGCGUGGUUGGAGACCUUACGAAAUCCAUUCGGCAACUCCAAUCGAUGAGAUCCUCAACAUGUUCAAAGUAGAACGGGUUCACUACUCCUCCACAUGGUGUAAAGGAAUGGUGGCAUUACUGAAAAAGCUUCUCACAAAAGACCCCGAAAGCCGUCUUUCCAGCCUUGUAGAUAUUCAAAGCUCUCCAUAUUUAGCCGACAUGAAUUGGGAUGCUGUGCUGGAGAAGGCAAUGACACCAGGCUUUAUACCAAAUAAAGGGAGGCUGAAUUGUGACCCAACUUUUGAACUAGAAGAAAUGAUUCUAGAAUCUAAACCCCUUCAUAAAAAGAAGAAGAGGCUCGCCAAAAACAGAUCCAAAGAUGGAGGAAAAGACAGCUGUGUCUUGAGUGGACACCUACAGCAGUGUUUAGAAACGGUGAGGAAGGAAUUUAUCAUCUUCAACAGAGAAAAGUUGAGAAGGCAACAGGACACAAGUGGGCAGCUCUCCGUUGGCGAGAACCGCGUGACCCCCCCAACUCACGGGAAGCUCCAGGAUGGGCGAAACAACAACAUCCUGAGCCAGGCCUGCACGCGGGGCUGCAGCUGCUAGGCUCCCGUGGCCGGCCCUGACCACGUCCGCGUCUCCGAUCCCUUCUGUGCAUGUGAUGGUAUCUCCUUGUGGCCCUUCCCUCACAACCCAAUGGAAAGAGAGCCCAGGACUAGCCCUGGGGACACUCAGUCUAGCCCCACACCCACCGUGGGCUCUCUGUGUGAGACCCUGAGCAAAGUCAUUCCCUUCGCUUCCCUCUGACUUUGGGCCUCACGACCUCUCUCAGCCUCCACUUUCUCCACCAUAAAGGAAGGAUUGAACAAGUGGUUUUGGGAUGUCCAUUCCAGCUCCAAACUCUACAAUAACUUUUCCAGGCCUUCAUUACCUCAUCUGUCCAGUGGGAAUCACAAUCCCAGCCCUGCUACCUCACAGUCUGCUGUGAAGGUCAGACUUUGUGACAGAUGGGAAGACCCUUCUCCAAAGUACAACUCACUCUUUAAAGCCGAAAAAACACUGGCCCAAGAACCAGGAGGACAAUGGUUCUGGUCCCAGCCAUUCUACAAACCCCUCUAACCCCCUUCUCUCUGGGCCUUAAUUUCCAUGUUUGUGGGGGGGGGGUAACAAGAUGAGAUUAAAUUACAUACGGACCCUUCUAGCACCACCAUUUUAGGUUCUGUGUUGUAAUGUCCCUCUACUUUUACCAUUCUAGAUUCUAUUCUAAAGUUUCUUCUUGUGCUGACAUACUAGGUUCUAAGGUCCCUUUCAAGCUCUGAUAUUCUAUGUUCUAAGACCCCCUCUAGCUCAAAUGUCUUGUGUUCUAAGUCCCCUUCCAGCUUGUUAGAUCUCUUUCAGCUCUAUCCUUCUUUUAAAACCAGUGCCAAAUGGCCCAUCCGAUUCAUAAUUCAGUUCAUCCCCAGCAAUUCCAUCCCUGCCUAAACCUUGUGUGCUUUGGGAAAAUAAAGGCCCUUCUCUGCCAACCAAAUCGAUGCUUUCUGGUGACUCCUGGGAGAGAACUGCAUUCAGAAUGUGGAAACCCAAGCUGAGACUUUGCAGUUCACGUUCCCUGAGCCAGACUGUGAGGUUCAGUCUCUCCACAAGGGCCCCCUUCCCUCCAUGAGGGCCCCCUCCCCUCCACAAGGGCCCCCUCCCCUUCGGCUCCCUGAGAUUCAUGUGCCAACCCGCUUUGGAGAACACGGUGUCCUUGUGAUGUUUGUGGAAGCUGGGACUUUGUGCGAUGGCUAAAUGUGACUAGAGCAUCCUCUGCCCCUUGUGUCAGUGUGUCUGUAUGCAGUGUCUGUGCCUGCAGUGCACUCUGUAGCCAACGCUUAAUCCUGGUGAGCAACAACUACAUGAAACCUAAUCGUGCAAGGUGAAUGUAAACUGACUCAUUUGUUCUCCUUGCCCCUGAUGCCUUCCUGGGAAAUGAAUAAAAGGAAACGGAUCCUGAUGCUUGUAGGAUGCCAAGGGCCCUUGGGCCUAGCUACGGGUGAAGAAGUGGCCGACAGCAGACAAUUCAUCUACAUGAUGGCUGCCCCCAGAUCCCCCUCUCAAGAAGCGUCCAGCGUGGUGGGAGUGUGGGGGCUGGCAGGGGAGGGGAAGGAAAAGCAGAAAAGGUAGAAAGGACACGUGCAAGGUGGUAGGAAAAAGGAGAGAGCAUCAGGUCCCAAGGUCUGAAAUCCAAUCAAGGUUUCCAGGGGAAUUCGAGGAAAAGGCCACUACUUUUAGAUGUAGGGAGUCAGAGAACUCUUCAUAGGAAUGGCCCUGAUCUCUGUAAUUUAAAAAAAAAAAAAAAAAAGCUCAUUUAGAAGGUUUCACUCACCUGUCCAUAAACCAAGAAAUCUUUGGUGUGUUGGGGAAGCAGCUGACACUUGGGGGAAACAUUUCUCUUUCUUUCUCUAGGUAUCCCCGCAAUCAGGAAAUGAGAUAGGAGCCUGGCAUUUUUUUUUCUCUUUCACACUUGCUCCCCAUACAUCUGGAUAAGUGCAUGGCUGUGACUGUGAAUUGUGUGUUUAGUUUGUAUAGCUUUUCGUCUGGAAGCCAAAUCCCAUUUUCACCUUUUUUACCAUGUCAUUUAGGUCUUUGAGACAUAACGAUAGCCCAUCUUCUCUUUUUAAGAGAAUAUUUUUACUGUAUUGUAUUGUUUUGUAACUUUUUUUUAUAAGAAAAAUAUUUUUUUUCUUUAGAGUUGGGUCUAUUUUUAAAUUGUGUUGCUUACUUAUUCAAAAGUCCUUUUGCAUCCCUUCACAAUAAUCUGCAUUCUUACGGUCAGUUCAACAAGUCUACACGGGCCCUGGCAGGACUGCAGAUGAUUCAUUCUGUUGGUUUAUUCAUCAUAUAGCGGGCAAACCCUGGGGUCAGGAUUUUUUUUUUUUAAAUCUGCUCAAGUCCAUAUCCAUCCUUCAGAAUAAACUCUCUCUUGCUCAUCCCUUCUUACAACCGUAGGUGUUUUUAUUUAUUUUGUUUUCAUGGGAGUGUUGGGUGAGUGAAAUAACUCCAUUUUCAAAGACAUCCAAGGGAAAUCUACAAGCCAGUAGGAAAAAGGGUAUGUUUUACCAUGAAAGUGUCUGCCUGUGGAGUGGUGGAAAGCACAGGAGACAAGGGUCAGAAAACUGAUAUUCCACCUGAGA